UACACAUGCAAGAUGACUAUCAUUAGUACACUAAAAUACUCAGUACAAGAAUCCUGCAGUCCCUUAGCUCUCUUAGUCUUGAAGACACCGAACCUAUGUAUAUUUUAUAUUUUGAGUGUCGACGGAGCCCGAGGAGUCCGUGGCCAAAUAUGACGCUAUCCCGCGUCAAUGUGGAGAAAAGGCCGUCAGUACAUAGGCAACCGAGUAAGUGUCGCACCAGUACCACUUCGGACUUGGCUCCAUCCAUCUCCUCCUUCACGAUAUGGCUUCCUGUCUAUUAAGAAAUUCAACGAUCCUAUCCUUAGUACAACAGGUAGAUUCCAGCGGUCUGGGCUUGAUGUAGGGUACGUGGCAUUCCAUCGCUCCGCCCGACGAUUAUUGUUUCUGCGGCUCUAUCCUUCCAUUUCUGAGGCCAACCUCCUUCCAAAUCGGCGAUCAUGACACCGGGAUUGAACAGUCCAAGUCCAAGAUCAAGGUGACUGCUACGACUAUUGUCACUGCAACCAUCAACAUAUGACCGCUCGCUCUCUCCCGCUUCAACAUGCGUCUCUCACCUCUCUCCGCGGCGGCCACUCUCUGGUUUGCCACCUAUGCCGCUGCCUCGAGCACAGGACCUGGUAUUUCGGACAUCACCGGCCGCCAUACUUCUCGCGCACCACGCCCCAUUGUAUCCGGCCACGAGGUCCAUCUCCCAUGCGCUGGUUCCUCGAUAUGCGGCAAGGGCACGGCUCAGGAGCGCCGCCCAGACGACUACAUCGCAUUAACCUUUGCAACCAUAAAUGACACACUGAAAGUGAACGACAACACCAUUCUUCCAGCGCCCCUUCCAGCGCCCCUUCCACCACAGCUCACGGCCAUCAAACACUCAGGGUCAGAUCCCGAAACCCUCACUCUACGAUAUGGAAUGAACAUCCUGCCAGUCCAGCGCUUCAGAUCAGGCGCAAUAGCUAACCUAUUCCGCGUGGACCUGAUGCUCUUCGACCAGACCACCCAGCCCGCAGAGGGUACCAACUUAAUCUCAAUUGGUCUUUCCCAAGACCCCCACUCCAAUCUACGCAUUACAAUGAUAACGAUCAACCCAGCUCCACCCAACUCGAAAUGCGACGAGAAAUGCGACGGGGACAAGACCCAACGUCCAGGCAGGCCUCGUAGCAAAAACUCCAUCUCCGAAAUAAAACACCAAAUCGACCGAGUCGGCCGCAUGUUCUACGGAUCUUUCACCACGCCUAAAGCCCGGGCGUGCAAAUCGCACCGUGCCCAUCAGUAUUCGUGUCAACUGCAUAGCCAUAGACAAAAGAGUAUGCUGAUCGUGGACUUCAUGCGCCUUAUAUAUCCUGCUAUCCUCCCCUUCUUGCUUGGGGUUAUGGCCGGUGGUAUUACUUGUAUUAUUGGGGUUAUGGUGAGCAAGUCUGUCACUUAUUGGUCUUCUCGGAGGGAGCGGGGUGGGUCCGAUGGGGAGAUUGAGAACGGGCCGGAAGUGCUCGUUGAGAAGCGUGGGUUGGUGGUUGAGGGUUAGGUUUAAGGUCUGGAUUCUGUUUAUGGGCGUUUGUAGAUAUCAAUUAUGCACGCAAUUGUCGUGGUUGCUCCUAUUUUUGUCGUUAGAUCCCGAUAUAAGCCCGCCGCUAGCCAGCUAGCUACUGUAACUAACGGUAGAGCAUUACCUAGAUAGGCCCAGAUUAGGAGGUAUAGUUUGGGACGUAUAUCGAAUAUUCAGGGUGUACGGGUUUAAAUACUGUAGCCGACAUAAACAUUCUCUCUUGAGGGAUUUACUGAAGAAUGCCUAGAUUUUUGAUGGCAAAUCCCCAGUUAUAGUUAAGUCUGGAUAUUGGGCGGAUAAGUAACA